AUGUGGACGAUCUUGCUCGGUUUGGCGACGUUGGCAAUUGCCUACUAUAUUCAUUGGGUUAACAAAUGGAAGGAUUCUAAAUUCAACGGAGUUUUGCCGCCGGGCACCAUGGGGCUGCCCCUCAUCGGAGAAACCAUUCAACUUAGUCGCCCUAGUGACUCCCUUGAUGUUCAUCCUUUCAUUCAACGCAAAGUUAAAAGAUAUGGACCGAUCUUCAAGACUUGUUUGGCGGGAAGGCCGGUGGUGGUUUCAACGGAUGCAGAGUUUAACCAUUACAUAAUGCUCCAAGAAGGAAGGGCCGUAGAAAUGUGGUAUUUGGAUACACUCUCUAAAUUCUUUGGCCUUGACACUGAAUGGCUCAAAGCCCUUGGCCUCAUCCACAAAUACAUUAGAAGCAUUACUUUGAACCACUUUGGUGCUGAGUCCCUUCGUGAGCGUUUCCUUCCUCGUAUCGAAGAAUCCGCUCGAGAAACCCUUCAUUAUUGGUCAACUCAAACCAGCGUUGAAGUCAAGGAAUCAGCCGCUGCGAUGGUUUUCAGAACUUCGAUUGUUAAGAUGUUUAGUGAAGAUUCUAGUAAAUUACUGACAGAAGGUCUCACUAAGAAGUUCACAGGACUUCUCGGAGGUUUUCUCACCUUGCCUCUAAAUUUGCCUGGCACUACCUAUCAUAAAUGCAUAAAGGACAUGAAGCAAAUCCAAAAGAAGCUAAAAGACAUUUUAGAGGAAAGAUUGGCUAAAGGGGUUAAAAUUGAUGAAGAUUUCUUGGGGCAAGCCAUUAAAGAUAAAGAAUCUCAACAAUUCAUUUCAGAGGAAUUCAUUAUCCAGUUGUUGUUUUCCAUCAGCUUUGCUAGCUUUGAGUCCAUCUCUACCACUCUUACUUUGAUUCUCAACUUCCUCGCCGAUCACCCCGACGUAGUGAAAGAAUUGGAGGCUGAGCAUGAGGCUAUUAGAAAGGCAAGGGCAGAUCCAGAUGGACCAAUCACUUGGGAAGAAUACAAAUCCAUGAAUUUCACACUCAAUGUCAUCUGUGAAACACUUAGGUUGGGAAGUGUAACACCUGCUUUGUUGAGGAAGACAACCAAGGAAAUUCAAAUAAAAGGAUACACAAUUCCAGAAGGAUGGACAGUAAUGCUUGUGACCGCUUCUCGUCAUAGAGAUCCAGAAGUGUACAAGGAUCCCGAUACCUUCAAUCCAUGGCGUUGGAAGGAGUUGGACUCAAUUACUAUUCAAAAGAACUUCAUGCCAUUUGGGGGAGGCUUAAGGCAUUGUGCUGGUGCUGAAUACUCUAAAGUCUAUUUGUGCACUUUCCUUCAUAUCCUUUUCACCAAAUACAGAUGGAGAAAACUAAAGGGAGGAAAGAUUGCAAGGGCUCAUAUAUUGAGGUUUGAAGAUGGGUUAUAUGUGAACUUCACUCCCAAGGAAUGA